GGUUCUGUUAGACUGGGGUUGACUGUCAUGUGUCAGAAAUCAGAGGGGCAACCAGAGGUGUGUGUUACCCCUGAUUUACCCCAAGAGUGGCUGGCUACUCUAUUGUUUAUGAUUUUGGGUGUGGUAGCUCUGACACUCACUUGCUUUUUGCUACUGGUGUCUCCCUGGAAACCUUCCAUUGUGGAUGCAGCCAAGUGGAUUGUUUUUCUUGGAAUGAUAGUGUUCUGUCUGGCAGCCCUCACAUUCCCAAUGGGAUUUCAAAUGCCAGAGAUUGGUGGAAAACCAUACAAGUUACCACAAGGAACACACGUUGGACCUUCAUUUUUUCUUUAUAUAUUUUGUAUAGUUUUCACAAUUGCCUCUGAACUUUUUAUAUUCAAAGUUUGUCCACUCUUGCUUAGGUAAUGAAGAAAAAAUAUUACAUUUUGGGUGAGAAAAAUGCCAACAAAUUGCUCAACAAUACACAAUAUUGGAGUAAAAGAGGCCAUAGAUUUAAAGAAAUUAAGGGUAACUGUAUAUGUCUAUCUGUUGUUAUUCUGCACUUUUGCCUUUAAAAGUAAUUUUUUUUUAAAAAUAAAUUUACUUUAACAAUUUAGAUAAGACAGGCUUUCUUAAUCCUUUAACUCCUAGAAUCUGAUUGUUGAUUCUUCCCUCUAGCUGCCGCAAUUUUCUUUGUAAAUUAUUUAUAUGAAUUUGAUGUAAGAUCAAGAUGACAAUAUCUACCUGCUAAGCUUGAGUAUUCUCAGUACCUGUUUGCUGGAUAAUUUAUGGAAAUUAUAGGGAGAAGUUACUGGUACACGUUUAUGACCUCUGGGAGUUAAAGGGUUUACUUAUAAAACUCUUGAGUAGUGCUGAUAAGUUUGAGUAUUCUCAUUACCUGUUUGCUGGAUAGUGUAUGGAUAUUAUAGGGAGAAGUUACAUGUUAAUCACCUCUGGGAGUUAAAGUGUGAAAACUUUUCAGUGGUGCUGAAGUAUAAGGCCAUCUCAGGAAAAUGUUGGUGUUGUUUCUGAUGAAUUUUCCAAACUAAAGUUGAACCUUAUAGGGCAACACAGAUAGUCAUCCAGUAUGUCUGAACAUGCAAAAAACAUUCUUCAAUUUUAUUUUUAGAGUAUUAUUUAUUUAAUUUUGCCAAAUUCACUGUUGACUUACUUUUUCUUAACAGCUGGAAAGUAACACAGCAGCAACAAGUAAAUGAACCUCAUGCUCUGUUUAGUGAUAGGAAAUGAAACAAAAGUUUCACUAUUACUAGUUCAAGAACAUAUACAUGUACAUUGAACUCAACUAUGAAUGUAAAGUUUUCACAGCUGGUACUGUCUUGAGAGGUCAGCAUACAUAGUUCUAAUUUUAGAUUUUCAGGGAAACUCCUAUUAAGGAAUCAACCAUGGAAACCUUGUUACACUAAACUGAGUAAUAGUAAGAGUGA